AUGUUAAUUAGCAAGGAGGAGGAGGUGGGGGCAGCAGGCAGCCUCUGUGGCAGCACAGAGCAGGGGGCUCAACUUUUCACCGACCGGGCCAGCUGGGUACUCACCAUGGCUGCAGCACAGCUCGUCUCCUGGGGGAUGCUCCUGGCCACCGUGGUCCCCGCCGGGGCCCAGGGUGGGCUGCCGGAAGGGAUGUCUUUAGGCGAGGACCCCUUGCACAGCGCUGCCUGGGGACAGCAGUGGCCGGGCCCAUCCCCCACCUGGGAGGCAUCAGGGGAGCCGAGCGGCACCGGGGACUCCAGGAGGGAGCGCUGGGGGGGCAACAGCCCCGUGCACUGGUCCCCACCGCUGCAGGCAGGGCAUGGCACAGGGGCACCCCUGAAGAUGGAAACCACUAUGACGGGCGCUGACACCAGGGCCUGGAGGGAUGGCAGCACAGCCCUGGCUGUGACAGAGGAGCCGCUUGUCACCUGGCGAGGACAUGAGGCUGAAGGCCAGGACAGCCCUCUGCCUCACAGCUCUGCACCGGGCACACUGGGCCCUGGGGUGCCCACGGACACAGGGCCACCCUGGGCAGGGCAGGGUCUGUCCCUGUCAGGGCAGAAUGCCACAAAGACAGCUGGCACUCCCAGCCCUUGGCCAACCGUAUCCACCAUCGCUCUGAACCCCAUGCCGGCAGUGGGAAUGGGGACAGCAGAUGCCCACACAGGGGGACAGACAGUGGUGGAGGGACCCACAGCGGCCCUGGAGCUGCCUCAGCACAGCUCGCUCCGCCAGCAGCAGUCAGUCGCACUGGGCACUGUCCCUGCUCCACUCCACAGCACGGCAACCCAGCGUCCCCACACCAGCCCUGGCUCUGCACAGCCGGUGAGCAGCUGGGGGGACACGGGAGGGCCCUCCAGCCCCUCCCUGGCUCUGCCAAACUCUGCCCCACAGCUGCCCCACACAACCCCAUCCUGGGGACUGGCUGAGCCCUGGACCAGGGGGCUCCCGUUCCACCAGCGCAGCACCCGGAGGGCCCCGCUCAGCCACACCACCACCAGACCUGGGGAUGCAGCACCUCGCACGGACCCCGGGAUGACUGGGCAGCGGGGACCCCAGCCCACCCCAGGGGCUGUCCUCAGCACCAGCCCUGCCCUCAGCACCAGUCCUGCGCCUCCACCUGCCUCCAGCAUGGCCACCCUUGGCACCUCCAGCACAGGGCUGCUGCCUGAGGAGGACAUUGGCUCCCCACAGCGGGUCCGGGGUGCUGUGGGAGCUGUGAACAUCCCAAAUGCCACCAAGGCAACCCCACAGCCAGCAGCACAUCCAUCCACCACAGGGACACUCGGGACUAGGCACUCAGGCACCCUGGGGACGCAGCCCCCCACCCCAGGCACUGCAACCCCCUCAGCCACGUGGCGACGAGCAGGGGUGACGCCUCAGCCAGCCCCCCGAAAUCCAUCCUUGCUGCAGCCACAGCCACAGCCCAGCCGUGCCCCGCCAGUGCCAGGGGCCAACGGGACUGGGCUGCGCUGGACCGAGCUGCAGCACGAGCUGGGCUUCUCCUGGGAGGCCCAUGUCUAUGGGUUGGCUGCCAUCUUCCUGCUGCUGGCACUGGGAUGCCUGGCGGGGCUGGCAGGGACGGCCAUCCUGCGGCCCCCACACCUGCCCCACACUGUGGGGGCCCAUGGGCUGCUGCUGGCUGCCUGCCUGCUGCGGGCCACCUUCCUGCUUGCCACACUGCCUGGCAUCACCCCUCCAGACAGAGAAGGCUGUGUGGGAGCCCCUGGGAUCAGGUACCCCUGGCUCUUUCUGCAGGGGGGAGAAAACGAGAUCCUACGCUAA